CUUUAUCUGGGACAUCUGAGGAAUAAGAAGGGUCCGGGAUUUGCCUUCGGGCUCGGAUUGCUGAAUCAAAAUAGCAGGCACAGCCUGCCAAGAGGAUGACAGUCACUUAUUCCAGCAAAGUAGCAAAUGCCACUUUCUUUGGAUUUCACAGAUUACUCCUAAAGUGGAAAGGCAGCAUCUACAAAUUGCUGUACAGAGAAUUUAUUGUUUUUGCUACUCUUUACACAGCGAUAAGUGUAUUAUACAGAUUUUUUCUUACAGGUAGCCAAAAAAGGUUCUUUGAAAAAUUAUCAAUUUACUGUGACAAAUAUGCUGAACAAAUCCCGGUAACUUUUGUGCUUGGUUUCUACGUUACUUUGGUGGUGAAUCGCUGGUGGAACCAGUUUGUGAACUUACCAUGGCCAGAUCGACUGAUGUUCCUCAUCUCUAGCUGUGUCCAGGGCAGAGAUGAAUAUGGGCGCUUGUUGAGGAGGACUCUCAUGCGUUAUGUGAAUUUGACAUCUCUGCUGAUCUUCCGCUCCGUGAGCACGGCCGUGUACAAAAGGUUCCCCACCAUGGACCAUGUGGUAGGAGCAGGUUUUAUGACGAGAUAUGAAAGAAAAAUUUUUGAUGACCUUAAGUCUCCCCACCUUAAAUACUGGGUGCCAUUUGUCUGGUUUGGAAACUUGGCAUCAAGGGCACGAAAAGAAGGAAGAAUUCGGGACAGUGUAGAUCUGCAGACACUGAUGAACGAGAUGAAUAAGUACCGGUCUUGGUGUAGUCUUUUGUUUGGUUAUGACUGGGUUGGAAUUCCACUGGUCUAUACCCAGGUUGUUACUCUCGCAGUCUAUACUUUUUUCUUUGCCUGCCUGAUAGGGCGCCAAUUUUUGGAUACUGACCAAGGGUAUCAGGGACAUGACUUAGAUCUUUACAUUCCAAUCUUCACGCUGUUACAAUUCUUCUUCUACGCAGGAUGGCUCAAGGUCGCUGAACAACUUAUUAAUCCAUUUGGAGAAGAUGAUGAUGAUUUUGAAACUAACUGGUGCAUCGAUAGAAAUUUACAGGUGUCACUUCUGGCGGUGGACGAGAUGCACAUGAACUUACCAAGGAUGGAGAAAGAUAUUUACUGGAAUGAUUCCUCUGCCCGGCCACCCUACACAAAAGCAGCUGCUGAUUACUGUAUUCCUUCUUUCCUUGGAUCAACUAUUGAAAUGGGGCUGGCUGAUACCGAAUUCCUCUAUGGGGAAGAGUGGCCCUGGGAAGAGGAGAAACACCGAAGACAACGUUCAGUGCUGAGAAGAGUCAAGAGAUUUCUCAGCGUCCAUGAGGGCCCUUCGUCCCCAGCUCAACGGCGCUACAGUCGGCAGACAAGUGAGAAUUCGGUGUUUUUCCCAGCAGAUGAAAAAGGGCACAUCAGACGGUUGCAGGAAAUGCACACAAGAGGGAGACACUCCACCUCGAGCUUCAAGAAGAAACAUGAAGGAGUUGACAGAAGUAACAGACUUUAUAGUAGCAGAGAUCUAGGACCCAUAACUGAAACCUCAAGGAAUGAGGCACAAUUCGGUGACAGUGACACAUCCGAGACAAACAAGCCAGUUCCUGAGGUCAUCAUCUCUGAAGCCGAGGAGAAAGCACCUGAUGUGCUGGGCAAACCAGACCUGCAAAGAGAGCGCACCGCAAGCAUGCCAGAAGAGAAGCUCCAAAGAAGCCUAACUGAGGAAAACGUGUCUCUUCUGGACCAUCCUUUUUUUCCCCCAGAAAUGACUGCAUACCUCCCAGGCUCUGAGGUGCAUCAGUCACUUCCUACUGUGAUAGGGGAGCCCAAACAUGAACCCCAUGGUGGUAACAUAGCUGGUUUCAUAGCAGAUCCUGAGAGAAACCUUCAGCGAUGGAGUUUACCGAGCUUCCAUAGUCAUAGUACAGUGUCGAAUGCUGACACUGCACAGCCUUUAACAGAUUCUGGGGCAACUUCACAACAAAGGACCUUCAGUGAUGGAAAAAAUGUUACUUCUGCUGCUGCUUCAGAGAUGUUUGAGAUGCAGCACUUAUGGGAAAAUCUGGAUAGUAAAGAAACAGCCAUAGUAGAAUUUUCUAAUGAGAAAAGUGAAAGAAAACUUUGAUCAUGCUUCCCUGUGUUUGACUGAACUUAUCUUCUCUUGAAAGUGGGUCUUACACAGUUUUGCCAAAAGUGCAGAAGGGCAGACACAAUGCUCAGACAAGUCCUGAGCAAGAUCCAACAAAGGAUUUGGGCACCUAAAUAGGAGGCAUUGUGGUGACAUGCUUUAAGUCAGUUGGUUGCUGGCUUGAUAUCUGUGACCCUGUGGGGAAAACAGUUAUAGGGAGAACCGGGAGCCUCGGGAGUGGAUACAAACCAGCCAGCACACAUACAGUGAGCUGUGUAGGCUCACCUAGAGGAAACACUGAGGUUAUCCACUUUGGAGCCACUCUGAACACUGCUACCUUUGGCUACUCCUUCAGAUUAAGGUCUAUGACAUCCUUGUAAGACCUACCAACAGUUUUGUUUUCUACUCAGGUGGUUAGAAGGGGAGGUGUGGGCUCAGUUCCCUCCUCAGCCUGGAGUGAUUCAGCCCACCAUCUCUCAGUACCUGGAGGAACGCUUGAAAAAUCAGGCUCUUCUCUUGUGUGGAGCACAACAGGCCUGCCCCAUUUCUUCUGAACCUAUGCCACCACUGAGUGGAAAAUAAAAGGAUUAAAUGUUUAACUUCAUUAAGAAAAAUGGAAGAGGCAAAACUGUUGAUGAGCUGGGUAUGGGAUGUCUGAGCCUUGAUCUCUCCUCCUUGGAGCAUGUACGUGACUGUUUAUUGUAAAACACCCUUCUCAGGUGGCCUCCCCAUUGAUGACAGGGCUAUGGCACCCUCUCAGGAGGUGAUGGAGCUUCGGGGGCAACUGAGUUUAGGGCUCCACACUUGCAGAAAUCUUCAGCUGGAAGCGGGUAGGCUGCAGUUGUCCCAGGAGGACAACCAAACAGCCAUGGACUGCUACCAAAAUUGCUCUCUGCUUCCUUCUCCUCUCCCUUGUUCCUAUGCUGUCCAGACGUACCCCGCACGUUCUCCAUUAACCCAAACCUGAGCCAGCAUUAGAUGGCUCCUGCUGCUCCAGGGGUGGCCAAGCCACCUCCCUAAACCUCCUGGUAACAAUCUGGCCUUUCAGCUGUCACUCCUGUAAGAAGUCUGAAAGCAGCGGCAGCUCUUUGUUUUUAGCUCUCACCCGCAUCUCCAUGAAUGCAAUCCAGAGCAUGAUGCCAGCAUUCCCCACAAGUAAGGAUCCACGUAGAUGGUCUGCCUAGACAAGGGAGCAACCAGGUAGCUCAGGGAUUGUGAAGAACAGAGAGAGGGGGAGAUGCAGAAAAUUAUGGGGGCUGCAAACGCCAGCAAGCAGUGUGGACUGUAUGGGCAGCAGUCCACCCAGCUCUCUUGCUCAGAAGGUUGCACUUCAGACAACAAAUCAGCAUCUCUACCAGGGUAACUGGUAGCACCAGUGGCUCCUGGGAAUCUUCAGGAUUCCCUGAAGCUGGGAAGGGAGCAAAUGAACCUGCCUGCUCCUGCUCUUCUGGCCAACAGCUUAGGUGAGGAGCCCUUCCAGUAGGCUAUCACAUUCAACAGGACUCUGCUAUCUCAUCUGGGUAGGCUUUGAAAAAAAAUCAGCUGCCCUCCCCACUUGUACUUCUUCCAGCUUUGUUUCAGGCUGAGAACCAGCUCCUGUGGGUGUGCAUUAGACAUGGUCUGAGUAGUGCCAUCCUUUCAAAUCCUUCAAAGACACUAGACCAAAGCACAUAUAUCCCUAUCAGUUUAGGAAGCAGAGGACACAGCCCAAGGAAGAGCUGUUUAAACUCAUAUUAUGGGAAUUUCAGGUAUGCAGAAAAACCAAGCACAGAUUUCCCAGGCACCUAUGGAGACACUUCUUCAUACCAUGAGAUGAGGUGAUGCUGGUGCCUGACAGUGGCUGAGUACUGAGAUUUGAUCACAGUUUUGGAGUAAGGCAUUCUGGUGCAACUUCACCCUUGCCACUCAGCAACAAGUCCUCAGGCAAGUCAAGUUGCUAUGCUCAGGUUUGACCAACAAACAGAACCUCAACAAAGUGUAAUUAUAUUGAAAUAAACAAGCACCUUAGCCUCGCAGUCCCAUUUUCUGGAUGGCAUUUACUAGGCAAAGCCCAGCUUCUGGCAGCAUCCUCCAGCUGUUCAGUCACCAGAGCUCCGGGCUGGUGACUCUCCCUGGGGAAGAGGAUUCUAUCAGCCUGUGACAAUGGUGGAAAUGCAUAGUUUUUCCUUCCCUACAUCAGCAGGGGAAAAAAAAGAAGAAAUCCAGUGUUCCUUCUUUCCUCCCUAUUCCAUACUUCUGCUUUUAGCUGAAGCCACACUUCAAUUCAAUAUCUAAUAACUGUGCAUGUCUAGGAAGGGCUUCCAGCUGCUGUGGGGAAAGUCUGGCCUAUUAUCUCACUCUCUCUUCACAAUACAUAAGCUUGGGGAACUGUGCUUCUUUCUGUAGGGAAUUUAAGCCCAAAAAAAGAGAUUACUUUAAGUGCCUACUACAAAUCUGCACUGAGAGUCCAGUCCCACCACACCUCCUCACUCUCCUCCUUCACACAGCUUCCACCAGGGCUUAAGGUGUUGGAGCAAAGUACUCAUCCUCCCUAACCCAGACAUCAGCAUGUUAUUUUUCACUGUGAGGGUGGUGAGGCACUGGAAGAGGUUGCCCAGGGAAGUUGUGGACACCCCAUCCCUGGAAGUGUUCAAGACCAGGCUGGAUGGGGCUUUGAGCAACCUGGUCUAGUGGGAGGUGUCCCUGCCCAUGGCAGGGGGUUUGGAACUCCAUCUUUAAGGUCCCUUCCAACCUAAACCAUUCUCUGAUUCUGUUUCAUCCUGGCACUGCUAAGCCUGAAGAAGCCUUCCCAGCUUCUCAUCAUCCAGCUCUGAUCACCUUCUGUCAUCAUCUUCUCAGCCUGGCUGCUACCUAGGAUGCACACUGCUGCUUUCCACAAGGACAUUAUACAUCUCAUAAGCAAUGAUUUUGCUGCCUCUCCCACUCGCUCUGUCAGCACUCCCUGGCCCAGCAACCGUGUUCAUUCUUCCAUGGAGGCUAAGGGUGGCCACACAGUAGCCAUUAGGUAGAUAAAAGCUUCAGUUAAGUCCCACAGAGGUGUCUAUAAGACAUGUAGCUGCAUGUUAAGUUAAGAAUGACAGCUCUGAAGUUGCACAAUGUAAUCUGCAACACACAAAAAGCAUUUGCUAGCUAUAAUAUUUCUUUCAUUGUUUGUGAAGAAGCUAGUGUUGGGAUCAGUUACCAGAAAAAAAUUCCUCUCAUCAUUUAGUCUGUUAUCUCACUUUUGCAAGCAUCUGCAGCUUCCGACUUGUAUUAAAUUAUCUUUUGGGAUUAUGUGCUCUCUUACACGCUUCUCUCAGUAAACUAUUUGCCUUAGCACAGUAAAUGGACUAUUUUAGCAAACCCAACAAUUUAUGGUAUAUGU